GCCUGGUCCGGCCUCACUGCGCAUGUCCUAACCGGAGCGAGACGUGCAGAACGUAGUGCAAAGUCAAGUGACCCCAGUGGUUGUUGCCAUGGAGCCAGCGUGGCGACAUCAUGGCAGGGGUCGCGGCCGAGGCGAGGGAGGUCAAAGGUCACGACCCCAGCCAAAAGAGAGAGAGCGUCCUGGAGCAGAGCGAGUGAACGACAAGAAGAGCCCGACACAAACUCCAGCAACAGCCGUGUCGGUGGAGUCGCGCUUUGAGGAAAUCAGGAAGUCAAAUCUUGCUGCCGCUCAGCGAUUGGUCGAGAGUGGCUUUAGCUCCUCCUCCUCAGACGAUGAUGAAGAUGUGGAGAGUAAAGAUGGAAAAAGAGGACAGAUCCUGGCUUCAACUUUCACCUCCUACAACCAACAAACAGGAGGGGACAGCGCUGGUCUGCAGAGAACUGGGCAGUAUCUGAAUGAGCUGUUUCAGUCUGGAGCUCUCACUUGUCUCAUCUGCAUCGGCUCCGUCAAGAGAACUCAGCCGGUGUGGAACUGCUCAGGCUGCUUCUCGCUCUUCCAUCUCCCGUGUGUGCAGAAAUGGGCUCGUGACUCUGUGUUUCUAGUGUCUUCGGUCACAGACGAAGAUUUCGGACAGAAGCAGCAUCCCUGGCCCUGUCCCAAAUGCAGAGCAGAGUAUCCUCCCAGUGCCACUCCAAACAGGUACCUGUGUUAUUGUGGGAAAGUGCAGGACCCUCCCUCGGACCCGUGGCUCGUCCCUCACUCGUGCGGCUCCGUUUGUGAAAAGAAACUAAAACCGGACUGUGGUCACACCUGUCUGCUCCUGUGUCACCCAGGUCCCUGUCCUCCGUGUCCAAAGAUGGUGUCGGUUACAUGUUUGUGUGGAAAAGCCAAACCUCUGCCCCGACGCUGCAGCAACAAGUCCUGGUUGUGUCAGCAGGUCUGUGCUAAAGUCCUUCCUUGUAAACAGCACACCUGCUCCCAGCUCUGCCACUCAGCGUGCGAGCCGUGUCCCCGUGUGAGCGUGCAGAGCUGUGAGUGCGGGCGGGAGAGGAAAGAGAGGCCCUGCGCGGAGCCCCUGUGGAACUGUACACAGGUGUGUGGGCGUCCUCUGUCCUGCGGGAACCACACCUGUGAGGAGGUGUGCCACAGCGCCCCCUGUCCCCCGUGUCCCCGCUCUGUCAACAGGACCUGUCCCUGUGGCAAAACCAAGAGCUCGGCAGGUUGUGCUGAGGAGGUGCUGCCCUGUGGAGACACCUGCGAUCGACCUUUGACCUGCGGCAAACACACCUGCUCCAGGAGGUGUCACCGUGGCAACUGUGACACCUGCCGACAGGAGGUGGAGAAAGAAUGCCGCUGUGGAAAACACCGGAAGCUGAUGCCGUGUCAUAAAGAAUAUCUGUGCGACUCCAAAUGCUCCAAGACGCGCAGCUGCCAGAGACACCAGUGCAGACGCAAGUGUUGUCCAGGAGAGUGUCCUCCCUGUGACCAGAGCUGUGGGCGCUCCCUGGGCUGCAGGAACCACAAGUGUCCCUCCAUCUGCCACCAAGGAGCCUGUUACCCGUGUCCUGAGACUGUGGAGGUGAGCUGCUCUUGUGGGAAGACCGUCCUGGUCGUGCCCUGUGGCAGAGAGAGGACCACCAAGCCCCCCAGGUGUAAAGAGCUCUGCAGACGCCCUCCCGAGUGUCACCACCCGUCCCUCCAGCCUCACCGGUGUCACCCAGGGCCCUGUCCCCCCUGUGCUCUGCCCUGUGACCAUCCUCUGACGGGCUGUGAGCACCACUGCCCCCUGCCCUGCCACGACCGCGUCCUGGUGCAGUCACAACAGGUGCAGUUGGCUGGACCCUGGGAGCAGCCGUCAAAACCAGCGUUUGAGAAGAAGGCUCUGCCCUGCGCCCCCUGCCAAGUCCCCAUCCCAACGUCAUGUUUUGGAGAACACGAGGUGAGUCCUGUGCCGUGUCACCGCCGCGGGCCGUUCUCCUGCGGACGACAAUGUGGACGACCUUUGACCUGCACCAACCACCGCUGCGGCCGCGAGUGUCACCUGGUCGCCCCCGGCAACAAGUGCGAGGAGUGUGAGCUGGGCUGCUCUAAGCCCCGCCCCCCCGGCUGCCCUCACCCCUGCCCCAGGCCGUGCCACAGCGCCCCCUGUCCUCCGUGCUCACAAACUGUCCGCCAGCGCUGCCACUGCAAGAUCAGCGGCCUCUACAUCCCCUGCAUAGAGUGGACUUCAGCCGACGACGAGACCAAGACCAAACUGACCUCCUGCAACAACCAGUGUCCCAAAGAGUUGAGUUGUGGCCAUCGCUGCAGACUGCUGUGUCAUCCUGGAGACUGUGGAGCUCAGUGUGUGCACAAGGUCAAACUGCGCUGCCCCUGCAGGAGGAUCAAGAAGGAGGUGCAGUGUCACCUGUCGACUCAGAGCCAACUGCAGUGUGACGACACCUGUAAAGAACAACAGAGGAAGGUCACACAGGUGAAGGAGGCGGAGCUUAAAGCGGCUCAGGAGGAGGAGCUUCGCAAACAGCAGGAGGAGCUGGAAGCCUUCGAGCGCCGCCUUAAAGGGGCCGGUCGGCGAAACAAGCGCAAGAGAAAGGGGGAGGAGUCCGGGGACGAGGGGCGGGGCUUGUGGGCCAGACGAGGGCUCUCAUUGGUUCUGCUGUCAGUGGGAGGAGCUCUACUGGCCGCCGCCUACUUUUACCUGACGACCGCCUGAGGACAGCAGCCAAUCAGAACGCAGAAGGCGAGGAAUCGACCAAUCAGAAACUGUCUUUGGUUAAAAUUUUGCCUGGAAACUUAAACGUGAAAAUUACUUUGAACCAAAAUGUGUAAAAGAUUAAUACAAACUUAACCUUAAUCUUAGUUUAAAUGUUUAGCCUCUAUUUACACAAUCUGAAUAUUUUGAGUGUUUUACGUAUUGUUCUCAAAAAUGUGAAGUUGAAACUAUUUUUGAAUCACAGAAUUAAAGCCCCACUACGUAACAUUUCAUCCAAUACAUAAACUAAACAUUGAACUAAAAUAAAAGCCUGUGUUUAAUUACAGGUGUUUUUGUUUUUUUUAGGUGAAAUAUACGACUGAUAAAACUGCAUCUUUACUGUGGACCUGACUUGCUUGUUUCCAUGGAGAUGUGAUUAGUUCGCCUGGAAUGUUCCACAGUAGGGCUUUAACGUAUGUGCUGCUGUAGCUCCUUACACUAAAAAUCCACCUGUUUUUUUUUUUUGAGAUGCUAAUUUGAAAGAAACAGUAUGUUAGCUACUCAGUGUGAA